AUGACACGAAAGAUUGGACUUCAUGUGUUAAGGACUCUAGACGUGAGAAAGCCAUGCAUCAAUGAUUGUUACAACGGCGAUCUCUCUGAAGAGCUCAUACUUGGGUAUGCAAAACAGACAUUGGCUUUGAAGCCGAAAAAACAAUACGUACCAUGGGUCAACAUCAACGUCGAACCACUCUUUGACAAUUUCAAAGAUUUUGUGCCCCAAGUCUGCAAAGCCUACAAAGGGAAGGCUGCUCAUCUUCCAAAAAUCUGCAAUUCCUCUGCCUUGCUUAAGUCUCCAGAGAGCAAAAUGUACAAGCUUCAAGUCUCCUAUGCCGAUGAAGUUAAAAAUUACUAA